AUGGGCAACGUCGUCGGGGCAACGCCCAAAGCAGCAUUUGAUUUGGUCAAUGGGAAGACAUUUGUUGCAUUAGCCACAGCUGCGUUGGGAGCAGGAGUGGAGGUAGUGGAAUUUCGUGUAGUGGUGGGGGAGCCGGCGGAGCGGAAGACGGUAAUGGUCACGGUACAACAACAACAACAACAACAACAACAGCAACCAGAAAGGAAGAUUGAUAUCGAGAUCGAGAUGCUCCGUGCGACGAGGAUGGGAGAGAUAUUGCAAGGGAUUAAGAGGAGCCGAUUUACGCGUGGAUUUACGAGCGAGCGGACAGGAACCCGCAACGUGUUUCGGAAGUAUUCUCAGAAAAUUUGCUCGCAAACGGCAGACUGCGGUCAAGCGCUGGAGGGUCUAGAUUACUUUUAA